AGAUAUAGGUAUAUGUUGAUCCGCGCUCAUCUAUCAGCGCUGCUGCGCUGCGCUCACAAAAGACUCCCUCCUCAAUAUAUCAGGUACCGCCGCCAUCUCUGAAACAACUCUUUCCUUUCUCUCUCCGUCUCUCGCCUCGCCGCCUCUCGCUUGCUUCCGGAUUUGCCUACUGUCUCGCGUCACGCCUCUAUGCUCUCUCUCUCUCGGCGCCGCCUCCGGUCAAGCCAGCACACAGCGGCGAUUAGGUAGCUUAGGUUCAUCUGUAUCAAUGUUUGUUCAUCCAUUUUGCUUGCUGGUUUUCGGAAUUGAUUCAGUUGACGAGCUUUUAGCGAUGUGAGUCGAUUUUCAGUUGAUGAGCUUUUGAAUCGAAGGGUUUUUUUUUUUAAUUUCUUUGUGAAAUCGGUAAUUCGGGCACUCUUAUAUCCGAUACGGGCCGAUUAGGAUAUCCCACUAAACUACUCGGGGUCGGGUAUUGAUUUGGUGGUUUAUACCGUGGAAUUUAGGAUCAGGUAAAAGGUAAAAUCGGGUGGGGGUUUAACAAGUAUUGACAGCUAUUGCUUCUUCACAAGUUUAAGGUUUAGAAAAGCCAAGAGUUGGGAGGAGAGAGAAGUGGGGAUGGCGAGAAACAUAGUGAAGAAAGCAUCGUUAAUCGGUGAAAUGGGCUUCAUCAAAGGCGGCGGCAAGAUCAACUGGUUCCCCGGCCACAUGGCUAGUGCCACUCGGGCCAUCCGCGACCGCCUCAAACUCUCCGAUUUCGUCAUCGAAGUUCGGGACGCCCGUAUACCAUUGUCAUCUAAGAAUGAUGAACUGCAGCCUUUGCUGGAGGGUAAAAAGCGCGUCGUUGCUCUCAAUAAGAAAGAUUUGGCCAACCCCAACAUCAUGCAUAAAUGGAUUGAGUACUUUGAUUCAGUCAAACAAGAUUGUUUAACGAUAAAUGCUCACAGCAGAAGUUCUGUUCAAAAGCUUCUAGACCUUGUUGAGUACAAAAUGAAGGAGGCUAUCCGUAAGGAGCCAACCCUCCUUGUCCUGGUGGUUGGUGUUCCCAAUGUUGGAAAGUCUGUGCUAAUCAAUUCCAUCCAUCAAAUAGCAUCAUCUCGGUUUCCUGUGCAGGGGAAAAGAAAGCGAGCUACUGUGGGACCCUUGCCCGGAGUCACUCAAGAUAUUGCUGGAUUCAAGAUUGCGCAUCAGCCUAGCAUAUAUGUUCUUGAUACGCCUGGAGUGUUGGUUCCAAGUAUCCCAGAUAUAGAAACGGGGUUAAAGCUAGCUGCAGCAGGUUCUGUGAAGGACUCUGUAGUUGGUGAGGAGCGGAUAGCUCAAUACUUGCUAGCAGUCUUGAACAGCCGAGGCACUCCUCUUCAUUGGAGGCGAUUCAUGGAUGUAGAAACUGACAGGCGUCUCGACAGUGAGGAUAAACCCGACUACAGCCUUCCAAAUCUUUUGCCAAAGAGGAAGACACCUCCUAGUAUUAAAUCUGAUGUUGUCUACAUUGAGGAUAUGGUUAGUCGUGUUCAAGGGGCGCUGUGCAGGACGCUGAUGGAGUUCGAGGGAAGCUUGGAAGACGAGGGCGAGUUUGGAGAUCUUAUAGACGUGCAGUUUGAAGCACUGCAGAAAGCUCUAAAGAUACCCCAUAAAACCUCAGAGGGUCGAACUAUGGCGUCCAAGAAAUUCCUCACACUCUUCAGAAUGGGCAAGCUCGGGCCCUUCAUCCUUGAUGAUGUCCCUCAUCCGGCUGCGUCUGAUUGUACGUAGAUAGAAUCUUGGAAACGCGAGUGAGGUCAGUUUUUCACCUCCAAGUUUUGCUUGCUUUGACGAUUUACCAUUUUAGCUAGAAAUCACAUGUAUAAGAUGAUAACAUCACUCCGUAUUUAGCACUGUAAGGGCCUGAUUAGAUAAGGCCAAGAUAGGUAUACAUCCAGCCAUGAUACACAGUAAUGAAAGCCUGAGAUAUGGGUUGGGCCCUAAAACACUGUUCAUCUUCUCUUCUGUAAAUAAAUCACGUCUACCUCCUUCGAUUGCA